AUGGCGCUCAUGGCAAGAGAUGGAGCCUCUGGGGCGGUUGCAGGUCCAAUAUGUAACGGCAUUCAUGGCGUGGAAGAAGGUGAAACUUGCACCAGCAUCUUUCAAGGGUUCAAGCUAGACGAGCGCCAGUUCCUUGAUAUCAAUCCUAAUAUCAACUGUAACCUUAUCUUUGUUGGUCAAUGGGUGUGCGUGAAUGGACGAGUGGUUUGA